AUGCAUCAGCACUCUGUGAAUUUACGACUUCCACUGCUUGAAAAUGAGGAGAUAAGAGCUCUAACAGAUCGUCCCUGUUCACAUACAAAUAAACUCGUUGAAGAAGCCUUUUUUUCAAGCCGAACUCAGAAUAAAGACCUUGAUGAGUCUGAUUGGAGUUCUAUCAGUCUUCUUCAAAAAGAAAUAAAAGAAGCGUCUAAUGCUUUAAAAGGAUAUGACUGGCAUAAGAAAAAAGUUUCACAUUUUAAUCCUGAUGCUCGAUACCCCUCAAGCGGAAAAAUUCAAAUUCCAAAAAUUGAAAAACUGGAAAGAGAGUUAAAAGAAAAACAGAAAAUUAUCAAUGAAUUGAGAAAAAAAAAUUAUGAGCUUGAAAGAGCUAUCAGAGAGCUACAGUAUGAUAAGUAAGAGUAAGAUAGAGAAGAGCUUACUAAAAUCAAUUUAAAAUUGAGCAAUGAGCUGAACGAAGCAAUUAUAGCGUGUCAAAAAAAAUCUGUAAGAAUAAAUUAGAAAACGAUAGACAAGGAUGAGAAAAAAUUACCAGAUAUUUUGAAAUAUACACACUUUUUGAUGAAAAGUUUAAAAGAAAAUAAUGAGUUUAGGAUAUUAUUUGAAGACAGAAUUACACCGACAAAUUAUUUAUCUUUUAUUAUGGAAGAGAAAUAUGACACAGCUUUGCUGAUAUCAUUGCAAAUUUUAAGCGAUGUAAUCGUACAUUUGAUGCCUCUACAGUUGUCAUCGAAAGAAUAUGAAAGUGAGGAUAAAAAUUAUGAAAACAAAAAUGAAGACGUGAGCAUGACAAUUACAUCUGACGACAGUAGCUUGAUAUUUCAUCAAAUAGAUGCACAAAGCCAACGAAUGGUGAAAUUGAAUCAAGAAAUUGCUCAUGCGAUGGGUAAAAUAAAAUAA